UGUAGCCUCACCUGCCCUUCCUCUUCCUGUCUCACCUGGGGGACAUCAGCCCCAGUGCCCUCCCUGCCUUGUUUCAGGACUCCAUCAAUGGGACCAACAUUCCCAAGAAAUUUGGGAACCGCAAUAAUGAUCCCAGCACCUGGAUCCAUAUUGCCUACGUAGCCCUCUGAGCUGCUGUGGGGUCUGUUGUCCUUGCCCAGUGAGGCCCAGCUAUUCCCCAAGGAGCCGCCAGCCCUUCCUCUCUGCCCCCUACUGGUACCCAAGAACCCACUGGAGCCACUGCCAUCACCGUGUGCCAGACCAUGGUUCCCGGUACACACACUGCCACGCCACUGGUUCAUGGUCCCUAGGCCAAGCCCAGCUGGAUCCUGUGAGGUCCAGGCUUUUGUCCCUAACUACAGCAGGGGAAAUGGACCGGCAGGCUCACUCACUGGACACUGGGGCAGCAUGGCCAGUCCAUCUAGCAGCUGGAACAAGUAGCUUCCCCAGCAGGAGGACUACAACUAGAUUCGUCCCAUGAGCUCCCAGCUCUGGUACCAGCUUCCCUAGGCAGCAGGCAUCUGGCCGUGUGGUGCAUCUGCCAAGAAGGCCACUCUUGUGACCACAAAAGUCCCUGCUGUCCCAACUCUCUCUAAAAAGGAAGCCAGCAAGGGCAGGGUCCUCGCCGAAAGCACAGCCCCGCCAUGUGGCUUGCUGUGGCCUGAACCACCACUUGCCUGAGUUCCUCUCUGCUCUGUUUGCUGGUCAUGGCCCACUAGAAACAAGCUUAGACCCACUCUUGUCCAGGGUACCACAGAGCUCAGACUCAAACCUAGGCUUGCCUGGUGGCAGAGCCAGACACUUCAGCAUAAAGACAUGGCCCUGCGCUGUCUCCAUAAACAAUUACACACAUCAGAAUCAACUGUGCAGUUCAAAAAAAUCCUGCCGGGUACCUGUGUCGGUUCUGUGUGUGAGGGGUAGGGUGAGGAGCAAGACAAGAUAAGCAAAGCAUCUGCCCUCACGGCAUUAGCCUUCUAGAGAGCAAAACCGGAAUUAAGAUGUCACUGUGCUGGCUUGGCUGAUGGGUCAGGGAAGGCCCUUCUGAGGUGACAUUUGAGCUGAGGCUUGAGAGAAGGCACGGGUCAUGUGGGCAUCUUGGGAAAGUAUCCAGGCAGACAACAGUGGACGCAAAUGCCCCAUCGGGGGGAUGAAAUACAUGUGUAAGGAAUGCAGUGAGCCAGGAGAGGAGAUGGGAGGAAGAACAGGGCUCCAGGGGGCAGGGCCUUGUUUCACAACAUUUAAGUCCAAGAAAUACAACACAAUUUCCCCCCCAAAUAAGAUGCCUGGGCUUGGUAUUUGAGACGUCAGGUGUUAUUUCUCAAAGCUCCCUCUCCCUGCCCCAGGGAGCCCAGGAGGUCCAGGACUCAGGUGGGCUGGACCUCUGACGGGAGGUUCCCUGACCUGCCCAGCCCCACAGGUUACAGACCACUGGGGCCCACUGUCCUUGCCUCUGCCUAGCUUGGCCACGGUCACCUAAGAUCCCUGAUGCGAAGCUUGGCAUCCAGGCCCCCGGACACCCAGAGGACCGUCUUGAGUCAUGCCCCUCAUGGAAUGUACCCCUCCCACCCUGUAUCAUGAUUAAGCCUUCAACUCCCUAGUAGCAAAUCACUGGCUUAUAGGGUUCCAAGCUGUAGGGACAUUUGCUACUCUUGACUAUGUUCCUGCUCCAUUAACCCCUGAGUCUUGAGUUCUGCCCUCCAGCUUAGUGGGCUCUCUCAUAGCUGCAACAUGGCUGCCGUGCCAGCCCUCAGCAGUACACCUACCCAGCCAGGAACAAAGGCAUGAAGGAAGGCAGCCACCAGCAUAGUGAGAACAGUGCUAAGCCUCCCUAGACAUCUCCCCUUUCAGAGCGAUUGCAGGCAAGAGGAAUGGAGAUUGCUUUCAUUUUCUUGGACCAGCCGUCUCUCCUGUCCUGGGCAUGUGGCUGCUCAAACAAAAUUGGGUUCUCUCAGCACAAUAGGAGGGUGCGCUGGUAGGGAGGACCCAGGGUGCCUGCCACUCUCCACUUCCCAAUGCCAAGCUCUUCAGCCCUAGAAGGACCAGACUUGCUCUCCUCAACAAAACAGCUGGUUAAGAAACCACUGCUGAUGAAUGUGUGAGUGUGGUUUGUGGACUGACAUGGUCCCAGGAGGAAGAGGACAGCAUGCUCACAUGGGAUAUUUCAGAGAGUUUAGUAAAGGGACCAUUUGCAAAGAAGUGGGCAGGGAACAGGGAAAUCAUAGGGCUGGUACAGUACCCUGAGCUGGCACCAGAGGUGAGCUGUUCCUCCCACCCUGGCCUUGAGGUGCAAGGGAGCCAAGUGGAAACUAGAAGAGCCGAUGCUGGAGGGAGGGCUGUCCUAGGGAAGCUGUGUCCCUGGCAACUCCAUAGGGGGAGAGUUGGAGGAAUCCUUUCCCCCAUCAUCUGUGGGGCUCCCCACUGUCAAAAUCCUGGGAGCCAGGGGGCACAGGAACCCAGAUGAUGCGGUCCACCCAGGUCAGUCUCCCAGGACACAGAGCAGGGAGGAAGGGGACAGAAAGGGCCUUAGGGAAAAUAAAGACACCCAGCCCCAGAUUUCUUCCCUAAUGUGUUUUCAAUGACACAGGAACCAGUUGCCCUGAAACAUGCUGUUGGGCACGGAGAACUGGGCACCUGAAAGAGACAAAAUGGCUCCACCUAACCAUUUGCCAGCUCAUUCUUCAGUGCAACUUGCACCCUGUACUCCACACUGGACAGAUCCCAGAUACUGGGCUGCCAGACCUGUGCCGGACACACCAGUCAUGGCUGCACGAAAUCCAACAAUUGUGAGAUGGAGACACUGAAAAUUCCAUUUUACAGAUGGGCUGACUGAAACUCCGAUGCCUGCCUAACCACCUCUCAAGACUUCCUAACAACCACCCUGUUUAUAUGCUGCAUGCUAAGCAUUCUCCCCACAUGAUCUACAUAGGCCUCUGACACAAACCAGCCAAGGGAGACACAUUAGUUCUAUCUUCCAGAUGAAGAAACCAAGGCUCAGCAAGAAGUGAUUUGUCUGGGUCCUGCUGAGGUAAAGUGGAAAAACUCUGCCUCCCUUGCUGCCCCAAAUGAAUGAGCCGGACUGACUCUCAGGGAAUGUGAAGAAAUGAAAUAAUGCUCCUCUCACCACCAAGCCUUUAUAUAGACUGUUCCCUCUGCCUGGAACACCCUCCCUUUUACCUGAAACCUUAUCUUCCUUCAGGGCUCACACCCAGACAGUCAUCUCUGAACCUUUAAGCUGGACCGGGAGCCUCUUCUGGGCUCCCAUGAGCUCCCUGAGUUUUCUCUAUUACCGUUUGGAUCACUUUGCCUGUGCAUUCCCCAUCAUAGCCUUGGUCAUUCUGGGUUGUCACUGGUGGGUCUAUCUCCUCCAUGGACUAAGUUAUGUGCUCAUUUUUAACGUUGAGCUAGACCUGGCCUAUAGCUGGAGUUCAGGAAAUUGCUGAGUGGAUAAAUGAGAGAAAGUAACUGCACAGAGAAUAUUCAAAAUCCUUAACCAGUGGUUAAGGGGUCAGACAAUGAUCAGUCUAGAACACAGACAGGACAGAGUGUUAGGGUGGGGUUCUGGGAGCCCCUGGCUGUGUCACGUGACCCCCUUUGGUUCCUGGACUGUGGGGGGGGGGGGGGAGUGGUGUCCCAGGCAAUCACUAGGAGCUGGACUAUUAACACACCAAUAUUUUAAAAUCUGCUACAUCUGAAUAGUGUUUCUGGCUGAACGUCAGUUCUUGGCAUCUAAUAAUCAGAGGUGGAGCUUCCUGCUGGAAGAUACACAGCCCGUGUCCUCACUUUGUCCUUACCUACUGGACCCUGCUGUUCCUCCACCCUCUGGGGCAAGCAAUCACAGCCACCACCCCCCUCUCCUGCUUCUCAGACAGCUGCUGUGAUUUGAAUAACCAAGCAGGUUGUUGGAUGUCCGGUGGUGACUGAUUUGCCUGGCAAACAGACCCCUCAGGUCCUUGGCCCAGCUGCUACUUUGAGAAGACAGCCUUCCUGGAGUCUCUUUUUCUUUUCCCCACAUGCAGCAGCUAGCUAGGCUCUAAUCUUGCCCUUGCUUGACCUUCUGGGGGGUCCCAGCACUUGGCUGCCCCUGGUGGCUGGAGAGUGCCCUCAGGGACCUGGUGUAGGAGAAGGGGGAGGAAUGGUAGGUCCCAUCUGAGGCAGAGGUAACUGGAGCCAGCUAAGUCCCUGGGCUUGUCACAAAAUUUGCAUGGAGAGAAUGCAGGUCCUCUGUGGCUCCCCCUUCCCUUCCCUCUUCCCUCCUAGUCAUCCUGGGGCUGAGGUGUGACCGCAGGUGGAGGAGGCAGUCGUGCGUGGAGUGCCAUCUCACCAUUCCGGGAGGUGAUGCCCCGUGUCUUCCUGGUCAGGAGUCGGCGUCCACAGCCAUCCAACUGGGGCCACUUGCCUGACCAGCUCCGGGGAGAUGCCUAUGUCCCAGACUGCAGCAACCAGCGGGGCCCAUCAGCACACCAGUCUUCUGGCCUUGGGGACUCCUGGGCAGCGCCUAUGCAGGGCAGUCUGGCCUCCACUCCCAGGGGCCCUGGGACACUUGGCUGCCCACUCUGCCCCAAGGCCUUCCCUUUGCAGCGCAUGCUGACACGGCACCUCAAGUGCCACAGCCCUGCACGCCGCCACGUGUGCCGCUGCUGUGGCAAGGGCUUUCACGAUGCCUUCGACCUCAAGCGCCACAUGAGGACUCACACUGGGAUCCGGCCAUUCCGCUGUGGAGCUUGUGGGAAAGCAUUUACCCAGCGCUGCUCACUUGAAGCUCAUCUUGCUAAGGUGCACGGGCAGCCAGCCAGCUACGCUUAUCGUGAGCGCCGGGAGAAGCUGCAUGUGUGUGAGGACUGUGGCUUCACAUGCUCGCGGCCUGACACCUAUGUGCAGCACCGUGCCCUGCACUGUGUUGAGACUGUGCACCCACACAACACAUGAGAGGCAAAUAAAUGCAGGAAAUGCACGCACA